UCUAUCGACAGAGGUGACCAUGCAAAGAUUGGGUCCGAAAUCCAGCCACAAGGUCGAGUGACUUGGUGACAUCCCGGAACACCUGGCAAAGAUGUCAACUCCUUGUUCAACUAUCCUACAAAGCGCAGGCGCAUAGUGUAGUGGAGUUCUUAGUUGCCGCUGCCAACAGGAGCAAAGAGACGGAAAAGUAAAAAAUCUCGAACAGGGAGACAAUAGUGAGUGUAGAAUCAGAUAAGCUGCUGUUGCGUUGUGCUCGAUGUUUCAUCUCUCAGCGUAUCUCGCUGCACUGGCGGGAAGGAAACAAAGGUGAUUGGAACAAGGGCCACGCUGCGCUGAUAUAGAGGGCCUGAAACGUCGUUACACUGAUUCCAUCGAUUCACCUGCUGCACGCUAGGGGUCUUUGAUCCAAUGCUAGGGCAGUCUGGUACAUGUGCUAGCGGCCAAAAUUAGUCCCACUCUCUUCAGAACACUGGCAUCUCUUCCAACAGGCCAGCUAGUGCGCGUUGAUAGCAAAACACGGCUAGCAUGGCCACGGCCAGUUCUAGUGAUGACGUCUCGAUGGCGUUACAGGUGGAUGCAAGACCUCGAAUGCCAACACCAACACCAACGCCAGAACAAGAGGAUACCGAAUUGGUUACGGAUAUCGAAGAUGAUGUCAAGGCCAAGGUGAUUGAAGUUGAACUCAUCAACAUGGUCAAGAGAUAUGGCGCGUAUCUCAUUUCAACACUUCCCCGGUAUAAGCUUUAUCCCAUGGUGCAAGGAACAAGUGCCAAGCUGGAUGAAUGGCCAGCCUCCAGGGCAGUCUACUGUUUGAGGAGUGUGGGAACAAGCACAGGCAGGAAGAAGAACUUUGACGAUAAACUGAUCUCCACGGUGAUGAUGUGCAAGUUCUUUGACAACUGGCUGCAUGAGUUUGUCAAUGCGCCGCAUUAUGGAAUCCAAGACUUGACAGGUGCCCUAAGCAAAUUAUCUCCACUGCUGCACAAGAAGAAGCCAUCUGCACCCGAGGGUCACGCGAGGAAGGUCCUCACUUGUCUCUACCAUAUUGCAAAGAACGACUAUGGAGGAAAGAAGAUAAUUGAACUCAGUCCUGAUACGGUGAAGAAAGCCAUCACCUAUCUCAAUGACCCUGACACCCAAAAUGGCACUAAGAUCCCUGUCAUUGUGCUCCAGUCGCUGGUGCAGCUGCUACGUUUCCCAAACAGCUAUGCUGUGGUGUCCGAUGCAUUGAAGUACUAUCAAAAUCUGGUUGGCGAGAGGUACCGCUUCGAAACCAUCGUAACAAAGCUACUGAACAGCCCUGAUCUUGCAUUUAAGGAGAAUGCAUUGAUCUUCAUCAACCGAUUUCUCGACGGAUGCGACAUGCCAAAUGAACGUGUUAUGCUGCAAAGCGAGCUACACGAGGUCGGCUUCAACAUCAGGGCAAUAGAAGCGUCCAUUGGUGACGUGAAGUAUGGGAAGAUCGAAGAAGAACUCAAGAGGUACAUCAACAACUUCCUGGAUUUGGAAGACUUCAUGGCAAAGUACAACGUGGCUAUUCAGCACGCAAGUUUGCUGAGACAUGAUAUGGAACUUCUCCGUGCUGAUAUGGAGGGUAUGAAACAGAACGAAAGGGCUAGACAAAGCCAGAACAUCAAGCUGGCCGAAGAAGUGGAAAGGUUCUAUCAGAAACUGAAAGGUGCACGAGAGCUUUUACUGGUUCUAAAGCGAACAACCGAUGUCUCAACAUUCCCGGCCGAGUGGCAAGAGGUCAUCGCCGACGUCACAGCUCCUCUCAAGCCGCCAGAUGAUGAGAUAUAUGUCACUUUCAAACGCGGAUUAUUUCUACCUGCACCAAGGAAAUAUAAGGUUUCUGUAACGGUCAUCCCAUUGGAUGACAGUGACGCCGCACCCACCACUCCAUCCAGUGCUAUAAUUCCAACACCAGAUACGCCACAGACAUCAGAGCAGGUGUCAGCAGCAGCACCACCACCGCCGCCACCACCACCGCCACCACCACCGCCACCACCACCACCACCACCACCACCACCACCAAUAGUUCCACAAUCUCCUCAAUCUCUAGGUUGCAGCCGUAACUCAGGAGGAACCUUGCCCAGACCGCUUGUGAAACCUGUCCCAGAUGCUAAGCAGACCUUGUUCGAGAAAGAUGAGUCUACAGAUGAUCAGCUGGAUGCGCCGCAGGAACUCCCCAGAGCAGAUUUUGAGGGCUUUGAGAAGAAAUUCGUUCGGAAACGAACAUUUGGGAAACGUAACACAGAGAGAAGGAAAAGUAUAAAAAGAGUGUUCCCGUCUUCCACAGCCCGAAAUAUUGAGAUUGCAAUGCGUGGCAUUGGAUGCCCUCUGCCCGAGGUGCACCUGGCCAUUUCCAACAUGGACAUCUCCAAAUUUCCACCCCUGGUCUGUCAGAACUUGCUCAAGUAUUGGCCCGAGAAAGAAGAAGAGAUUAACCAGCUGCUUAUGCCGUUAUCCGGUGAUACUGUGGCUCUUGGUGAAGCAGAGAAGAUCAUGAAGCACCUGGCUGUCAUCGAGAGAGUCAAAACAAAGCUGAAAGUAAUGGAGUACAUGGGGUACUUUGAUGACAACACCAAGAGCGUCACAGAGCCCUGCAAAACCCUGGUGGAAACAUGUUCUGCUGUGUUGCGUAAUACCAAUCUAGCCACUGUCUUUCAGAUUAUCUUGGAGUAUAUCAACCAUAUGCGUGCUGCUAACAGAGAACCUCAAAUCAAAGGCUUUCGCCUGGAGUCUCUGCAGGAGGUUGUCAGCAUCAAGUCAGCGGACAAAAGUAGCACACUGAUUGACUUUGUUGCCAGCAAAGUCCAGCGAACCAUGCCACAGGCAGCCACAUUCUUUGACGACAUGCACCUCCAUAGGGCUUCAAAAGUAUGCAUGGACAACGUGAUAGCUGACAAGCGGCUGCUGGUGAAAGGCGUGGACCUGUGCCGCUAUGAGCUGGAACACGAUCCAGACAACCAAACACUGGCUGUCUUCCAUGAACAAGCGUUGGAACGGACACACCACAUUGUUCAACUAGCCAACACUGCAGAGGAGAAGUUUGCCGAGGUCUGCAAGUUCUUCGGCGAGGAUCCAAAGUCCACCGAGCCAGCAGCUUUCUUUGCGUACCUGAUGAAGUUCUCUGCUUCGUGGAAGGAUGCUAUUGGCAGGCAGGAAAGAGUCCAGCGCAUGGUCCAGCAUGCUCAAGCUACAAGCAGCAGCAGCAACAGCAGCAGCAACAGCAGCAGCACUGCCCUGAGACGACCAGAAGAGCUGUGCUUUGACAAUGCUCACUUCGGUUCAGACGUUCAUCCGACGAGUGCACCCAAUUCCGUGUCCUCCGAUACUCACUCUGGUCCAGACGUCCAUCCAAAGGGUGCAGACAAUUCCGUGUCCUCCCAGCCAGAUGCUGCCAAUCACUCCCGGCAAUCGUGUCAAGCAUCCCCAGAAUCCUCACCUGGUACUCCGUGUGCAACGCCUGGCGAGGAAGAGCCAGAACAACCAAAGAAGAAACGGAAUACUAUUCGACAGCGUUCCCGUAAUCUAGACUCAUCAUUCAGAAGACCGCAUCGUGGAAAAUCGCAAGCUGGAGAACAAGUGUCGUAGCCGGUAGCAAGAGACAACUUCAGAUUUCUCAGAUCCUGCUGCAUCAGAGUGUCAAUGAGGGCGAAGUGUCGGAUAUUUAUCUUACCACCGCUUGUAGUGCUGAUGUCAAAGUAGAAGGCGAAGCCACGACAGCCAAGGAGCAUGUUGCAGCACUAAGCCAGAAGAAUAGAAGCCGACAAGGCGGAAAGGGAUACAUUGUAGUGAUUGACAUACGGGGCAUUAUGUUCUUGUGAGAGAUGAGGAUGUUUUCAUCGUCUUAUGCAUUUAUGCAUGGGCCUCAAAAUUUGGAAAUGCUAUCUUCUGGAUUCAAGCCUACCGUAUUGGGGCACUGGUUCGUGCCAACUGUGAGUGGAAUACAAGUUAACUAAAUUUGACAGACAUCUGAUCCCGUGUGAUCUGUGUUGAGAUGUUAUCUCCAGGUAGCAAGUAAUGCACUUCGAGUAUUCCCUGCUGCUCAUUUUUUUUAAAGUUCUGUUGAUGGUCAGCGUUUUCUAGUCUCUUUUGUCCGGCCACCUUUCGAAUUUGUCACAGAACGACUUGCAUUUUCUUGUGACGCGUACGUUGAGCAUUAGACCUGUAGUGAAGAACGGGCACCUUUGUAUGUUGAGCCUUUUUUUUUAACCCUUUAGAGCCUAAAUUAUUUCAGGAGACGCAUGAAAUUCACAAACUCACAUUUUCAUCUGACUGUAAUUUCGAUAUCCUUUUGAGUAUUCCAACAAUCUCGGGCUCUAUGGAAAGCUCUCUCCAAGACGAACACAGCCAUACCCAGUUCGCAAUUUUUAAAUUAAUGUGUACAUGAUUUUCCUAUUCUUUUCUGCUCCUUAUCCAGUCCUUGUUUUUUAAUUUAAAGUUAUUUUACUCGAAGUACAGUGAAACCUCGUUUAGAAGAACACUGAUAAGACAAACUUUCGCUUUAGAAGAACUAGUGUUCAUAACUGUAAUGGAUAGAUUGCUGUGUAUUCACUGGGUACAAAAUACGGAUAAGAAGAACUCCCGUUAUUGCAAACAAAUACCACCGGUCCCUUGGUGUUCGUCCUAAAGAGGUUUGACUGUACUUGAUAUUGCUACUGCCGCAGUGAUUGGUUAAUUCUGCUCUCUACUAAUUCAACUGCAUUAUGCAUGUGCUAGCUUCCCAUGUACUGAGACAUAGCAAUCUAACUAGCAACGAA